GUGUUUACUAGCUGGAAAUAAACACGCUGGUGAACGUCAUGUCAUUUGUCAUGACGGAGACUGAAAUGGCGUAAAUUAGGGGUUGAGUGUUUGAGACACGGCGCAAUGUGGAGACUACACUCUGCAGAUCCGGGGACAGGCCCAAUCACUUUGCUUGAUGGUAAGGAGCAUGUAGUAGGUCGUAAGAACUGUGACAUCCUUCUGUCCAAUGACCAGUCGAUCAGCCGUGUACAUGCCCUCAUCACUGUCACUGAGCAGGCUGUCACGCUGAAAGACUGCUCCAAGUACGGCACUUUUGUCAACGACAAGCGGCUAGAGUCUGGAUCCACUCAGACUGUCUAUGCUGGUGACAAACUGACAUUUGGGGUUUUUCAGAGCAAGUUUAGGCUGGAACUGGAUUCUGUGGUUGUUUGUUCAUCGUGUGUUGAUAAUGAAGGGAAAGCAACUCUCUCCAAGGACGUCCAGGCUCUUGGGGGCUGUCUGGUCAACUCCUGGUCUCAGGAUUGUACUCACCUAGUCAUGCCUGCUGUUAAAGUCACCAUAAAGACGAUCUGCGCGCUGCUGUGCUGCCGACCCAUAGUGAAACCCCAGUUCUUCACAGAGCUCUCCAGAGCUGUCCAGCAGAAGAACAACCUUCCCAAAGCGGAGAGCUUCAGGCCUGAGAUAGAAGAACCGAGCAUCGCCAAAGAGAAGGUGGACCUGGGACCAUGUCAUGAGAGAAAGACUCUGUUUGCAGGCAAAACCUUUGUCUUUCUCAACACCAAACAGAUGAAGCGCUUAAGCCAGGCCAUCAGUUUUGGAGGUGGAAGCAGUCAGCUUUUGGAGGAGGGAUCUCUUCCUGUGUCACUUCUAGAGUCCACAGGAGUUUGUGUUGUUGAUAUGGCUACAGGAUCCUCCCAAGCACCGAUGACUCCUACUACCAAGAAAUGGACAAAUUCUGUCAGCUCGAUUCUGCACAGAAAUGGUUUACGUUUCAUUGCUGAGUCAGAGAUCGGACUGGCUGCUAUUUACGUCAAUAUUCAGACAUACUGCAAUCCCUGCUAUUCUUUGGAUUCACAAUCUGUUAAUAUGAGGCCAGCGAUCCCUGAAUCAACACUUUCCCAGAAUGCAGCCGUGGACGAGACGGUGCUUCAUGGAGCCUCCCUAAACAUCACUGCCUACGUGGUUAAUACAGAGCCAUCUCAGUGUAUCAGCAGGAUGGACAUAUGUGGGGCCACAGCUGUGGGUGAGACCCCAGAAAAACGUUCUGUAAAUCCACUGGGUGCAACAACGUUUAGGAAGCUGCCAAUGGCCACAGAGCUGCCAGCUGCCUGCUCUGAGCCUGUUUCAUUCGGUGAUGUAAAGGAAGAAAAGAAAGCCAAAUCAGAAAGCCAGAAGAGUGCUGAAUGUCAUAAAUACAGUGGCACAUUUAAAAAAUCCCCACAGAAGCAAGCAUCACUGACUUCCUACUUCAAGCCAUCCAUUAAAAAGAGGCAGCGUGAAGGCAGCACCGAAUCCGAACUAUCAGACGCCAAACUCUCCAGACGAGAGGAUGAUGAAAGCAACUCUAAUCUGGCUCCUUCUCUACAAAAAUCCUCAGUUUCCAGAUUAGGUUCAAAACUAGCCCAAAACCAGCAUGAUACACCCCCACGGUAUGGUUCCAGUGGCAGUCUCGGUUUGGGUUCAGGUCUUGCUACGGAUUCCAAAUCAGAUGGCUUGCAACAAAAUGUGAGCCUGAAUUUAGAUUUGAAUUACAGUUUCAAGAAGAGGAAAGAGCCAGAACAGGAGCCCGUAGCACUUGUUGAUUUAGACGUUUCUCUGGAGGAACUCGAGUCCAUCAUGUCUGAGGACAUGGACGCGCCCGAGCCAGCGGCUAAUAAGAAGCAGCGUUUGGAUCAAGGGGAGAGAAGCACAGCUACUGCAGGGGUGGAUUGCAGUGACACAUUCAGCAAGCAGAGCAAAGCAGAGAAACAGCAAAGCAUAGGCAGUACAAGCCUGAACUCUGAACAGGACACGCAGGGUCUAGAGAGAACGGCCCGGGUCACGUCUAGUAAGACGCAGGCGUCGAAACAGGAACAGCGCGGUUCAACAAGAGGAAGUGACAGACGUAAAACUGCAGACGUUAAAGAAGAGGAAGUUUCUUUUCUUUUGGAAACUAAUGUCCCGAACGGCUUCAACAAACACAGUGAAGUGUCUGCAGUGAAAGAAGAACCCACGACCUCAAGCUCAGGCUCUGCUCCUGAGAAAGAUCCCGAACUUCCUAGUAAGCUUUUGCAAGUCCAGUUUAUGUCCCUGACUGUGAAGGCCCCCAGCAGGGCGAGGGCCGAGCCACUACAGAGCCGUGAUACGAACAGAAAGAAUUUCAAACGUUUCCGUAAGGUCCCUGUUCCUGGACUUCAGGGCUUACCCAAAAUCAUCGGUGGCUCUGAUCUGGUUGCUCAUAACCGCAGCAAAAACUCCGAACUCGAAGAGUGGCUGAGGGAUGCAGCUGAGCAAGAGAAACAGCAAGAACGUGAUGAGACUCUAGGUGAUGACCUGUUCAGAUACAAUCCAAGGACGACUAAAAGAAGAUGAAGAUUGUUAAUUUUUUUUUUUGUUUUACUGAUCCGAAUGUUCAAACCGAUCCCACAGUUUUAGUGUUUUUUUGGUUUACAAUUAUAAUGUUUCGAGCAAUUGGUCAAGUUGGACAGUUUCACACGCUCACUUUUUAAACCAUUAUGAAAGACAUUUCUGAAAAUGUCUCAGUUUUCUCAUUUGGUUAUCUUUCAUAAGCCUUCAUGAUUCACUUGCAGACAGCUUUUUUUUCUCCAACAGCUAUCACAAAUAUCAAUAAAAAAUAGCACCUUUUUAAAAUCGGAUACAUCCCAAGACUAAUCAUAUGUACUAUUCAUAAAAGUAGCCAGUUUUUCAGAUAUUUCCUUGGACACUACAAAAACAGCGUACUUUUUUAUUUGCUGUCCAAUACCUGCCCAACUGGAUGAAUGUUAUUUGUAUUGUGGAUUAUAUAACAGAUGUCAGUGUUAAAACGCUAACAUGAAGACUUCAUGAAACAUACAGUAUUCAUUAAAAAUACAACUUAACAAAUUACCAAGCCACCAGCUUUCAACCUCCAUGUUUUCAAAUGAUCAAGUUGAAUCUUUAUAAUGAAUCAUUUCUUUUUAUUUAAGCAAAGCCAAAAAAAAAAGUAACAAACUAUUUUGAAAAGAUUUAAUCAUCUCUAAUAAAAUGAUGUUUACAAAA